CUGCACUUUCUGCACUUAAAGUGAAAUGGGUAUUAAAUUCAGCAGCAGCUAGAUUGACUAGCCUCUCGUUUUUCCUAAGAAAUAAAGCGCAAUAAAAGGUGAUAGGUAGCUGCAGCGUCAUAUUUUCUUGUAUGUACAGCAUGCAUUGCUGAAUUGUGCGAGUCGAUUCUCUCUAAGCGGCUUGAGGCUAUUUCGAAACGUUAAUGCUAACCUAAACAGAUGGUAAACAUGUCACCGGUACGAGAAACUUUGCGCGAUUCCAGCGGCGAUUCUGGAUCGGAAUCGGAUAACGCUUCUGCGUCCUCGAGAUCAAGUCGUAGCGGUAGCCGAGCGUCGCAGGCUCCUGUACAAACGUCAGGCAAUGCCAGGAGCGAGCACUCCGAGGAUGAGAAUGGAGCGCCGGCCUCGCCUGCAUCGAACGCUAGUGGCAGCCGCGCCUCGAGGUCCAUCAGUCAGAGCCCAGUUGGAUCGAACAAGUUGGACGGCAGUCGCAGAUCGGAGAGCCCGUCUGGUUCACCGAUCGGAUCCGGCUCGAGACGUUCAAGCGUUGGUUCCGUCCAGAGCGAGAAAUCCGGCUCUGCGCGGUCCAGGAGCGGCACGCCGAAGUCGGUUGCCUCUCGCAGCUCAGCGGACUCCCGAAAGUCACCCCGAUCGCGCUCGCAAUCACCGCGCGGCAGCGUACGCUCCUCGAGCCCGAAGUCACCCGUCAGCUCGAGGUCCGCGCACUCUAGAUCGGUAGAAAGAAAGUCCAAGACUCCAGCCUCCCCUGCCUCCAAUGCUUCUGGCUACGAUUCCCCAAAGAGUCGUAGAUCUCGAAGCGUGUCUUCUCAGAGAAGCAAUAAGUCAGCGGGUUCUGCGAGUCCGACGGAAAGACGAUCGAAUUCUUCCGCGUCUUCGAGGAAGUUCGACGAACCGGUGCAGAGAGAGGGUUCCGAAAAGUUCGACGACAAGAGAUCGCGGUCCAAAAGUCCCAAAAAUGAUAAGAGUGAUAAUGAAUCAAACAAAUCCUUCAAACAGAGAGAUCAAAGUCCAAAAUCCGAUGAAAGCGACGAACAAUCGAAGAAUAAACGGCAACACCACAGCAGUUCCGGUUCAGACACAGAAAAACCUAUGAAGCGAAGUAAACUGCUAAUAGAUUCAGAUUCUGACAAUGAGACAGCCGACAAGGAAAAUAGCGUCGCUCCAACCGCGGACGCGUUGUUCGGUGAUGCAAGUGACAUUAGUACGGACGACGAGAAGGAUAAAAAGGAAGAGCAGAAAGAAAAAGAAUGGAGUCGCAGUCGAAGUAGGAGCAGGAGUAGAAGCAAAAGUCGUAGCAGAAGCAAAAGCAGGAGCAGAAGUAGGAGUAAGAGUAGGAGUAGAAGUAGAAGUAGAAGUAGAAGUCACAGCCGUGGCAGAUCAGAGAGUGGCGGGGAAGGUCCAAGUCAUCGAACUGUUCUCGAAGACGAGGAGGAGGAUAAGGAUAAAGAAGAAGAACCGGAGCCACCUCCAGAAACUCGAAUUGACGUAGAAAUCCCGAAAAUCACUACCGAUCUGGGACGCGAAAUUCACUUUGUGAAGCUGCCGAAUUUUCUGUCUGUCGAAACUAGGCCGUUCGAUCACGAAACUUAUGAAGACGAAAUUGAUGAGGAAGAGACUCUAGACGAGGAAGGUCGCGCUCGAUUAAAGCUCAAAGUCGAAAAUACGUUGAGAUGGAAGGAAUUGUUUAAUGACGAGGGCAAAAUGGUGAAGCAGAGUAACGCGAGAUUCGUAAAAUGGUCGGAUGGUAGCAUGUCCUUGCAUUUGGGUUCGGAAAUUUUCGAUGUUUAUAAACAGCCAUUACAAGGCGAUCACAACCACCUCUACAUUCGUCAAGGUACAGGUCUGCAAGGUCAAGCUGUAUUUCGAACGAAGCUGACAUUCCGGCCGCAUUCCACCGAGUCGUUCACGCAUAGGAAGAUGACUAUGUCUUUGGCCGAUAGAUCGCAAAAGACUUCUGGUAUUAAGGUUCUUUCUCAAGUAGGAAUGAAUCCAGAUCAAAACAGAUAUGAGAUGAUAAAGAAAGAAGAAGAAAAGCUACGUAUGGCUAUGCGAGUUCAAAAAACAAAGAAGAGCACUGGCAGUAUUAGAAAUACUAACCGUAGUAGUACAGGAGCGUAUAGCGGUGAUGCCUAUCACGAUGAUGGUUCUGAUGACGAAGGUGCAAUCUCACUGGCAGCUAUAAAAAAUAAAUAUAAAAAGGGAGGCGCAGUAAUUCCUUCUAAAGCAUCAAAUAUUUAUUCUUCGGAUGAAGAAGGUUCGGAUAUUGAGACACACAGACCUAAAAAGAAUAUUAAAGGGAAAAUUCUUAAAGAUUCAGAUGAAGAAUCCAAUUCUGAGAGUUCUGCGAUUAGCGGCGGAGACGAUAAUCAAGCCGACGAUGCGAGUGAUUGAAAAUAUAUGUAUAGGUAUACUCGAUAUUCUUGCGGUAUAUUCACCAAUGCGAACCAGAUGGCCGAUUUGACUAGACUACGAUCUUAGAAUGGUAAUCCUCUCAAUAUCCUAUAGAAGCGCUCGGUCAGGUCACUCUAUGCGUCAGCUCCAUUGUAUACAUAUAUAUUACAGAGUUUAUAAAUUCUAAUUUAAACUAGGAUUUCGUCCUAUGUCCCACUGUAUCUCGAUCCUUGGCCACUUCGUUUGCAGGACCGUCAACAUAGGAUUGCUAUCCAUGAUACAUUUUACAGUGCACUCAAGCAAUACUGCUUGUCCCUUGUGAUAUUUCACUCUAUUUUCCGGAUUGCUACGUUGUAGACCAUUGUAAUGAUACAAAACGAACAUAUCUGGGCACAUACGUGGUUCCUCGGGAAAGAAUUCAUCCAUAAAUGACGCGAGAAGUAUUAUCCCUAAAUUUUCACCAUCUAGUUUUUUCCUCAUAAUAUCGACACUGCAAGAAAAACAUUUUGAUAUAAAAUCAUUUUGACAGUCAAAACUAGAAUCAAAUUUAAGACAAAUGAUUUCAUAUGUCUAUUAAUGCAAUAUAGCCAUACAUUAAAUAAAAA